AUGGCAUCACAUAGUGCUGUUAAAGACACAGCCUAUACUGAGUGUGGUAUGGAUGGUCUUCCUUGCUUAACAUCGGAGUUUGCGAAGGGUUGGCUGGAUGACUUGGAUACGAUUGAGCUUCCUGGAAGAUUUCAGCAACAACCCGGUAUUAAUCGAACCUUGCGUCAACAAUACGAAGUUGUCGCUGCUAAUAUGAUAGCCAAUAUCGUAUCACGAUAUGGUGAUCUUUCGAUUGAGAAUGAAUUAAUUGCCGCUUUCCAAGGAUCGCAACCGCAAAAGAUACAAAGACCUGUUGAUCGGAUGCAGCAUGCGCGUCCUCACGUGCUUCAAGAACAGCUCAGUAAAUUGAAAAAACCGGUCAAUAUCAAGGCGCAGAAAAAACGUCAAUAUCUGGACGAAUUCAUGAAGGAAUUGAUAUUCAAGCUAUUCAACACCACGGAAAAACAGCAACGCGUACUCAAUACUCCAAGCGGACCUAUAAAACAUCCGGAAUGUCAUUCUAAAAUGCUCGAAGCAUUCCAUCAGAAGUGCUUCAAUUUCAACAAAAAUCCAUACGCUGCUGAGUACUCAUCAGUGCUGUCGAAUAUAUGCAGCGAAGGAGUGAAUGUUGAUACUGUCAUUAAGAAAAUGAUCGAUCAUUGUCAAGGGAUUACAGUCACUAAUAUCGAAUGA